AUGAAGAAGAGUGUUCCUAAAACAAUUCAUGCGGUCGAGCAUCCUGAACGCUGCGGAAGUGUAUAUCAUUUUGCGCGCCACGGUGGUCCUGAUCUUUCCGACAUAAGAAAUCAUCGAAAACGAGUCUUGUCAAACCCGACUCUAUGGUCAUCAAGAAAAGCUAGCAAGUCUAAGCCAGACCGUAAGUCUCCCGUAGAUGAAGAGGAGGAGACAGGAGGCUCGUCGGCUUACGACUCGAAUUUUGAGCACCAUCUUACCCAGAACCACUUCUUCCGAUGUAAAUACCAUGGGAAAAGGCCUGCGAAUCACCAAGAGUGGGUUGAAGCCAUAAAGCAGCCUCGGGCAUCACUUUCGUCGUUGCGUAUGUCCGAUGAGUAUGAGGCAUUGUCAAGGGCCGCCGAUGAUGCGAGAAACGACAAAGGCCAGCUGAUGAUCCAAGUGCUCCCAAAGCUGAUGGGUGAGAACAACAGCUACCGUUCGGGCAAAAGGGUAAAAUUUGAUAACUUGGAGCCUUUGACGCAAAGAAUCCUCGACGCUCGGCCUGACUAUUAUGAAGGGCAUCACGCGGGGCUAGAGAAUCGAUUACUUCGAGAGAAACUGAGGACGAUCAUCACUCCCUCAAUCCGCCAAGACACUCCCUUCUUGCCAAACUUCUUCGUGCAAAUCAACGAUGGCGGGGGCUCCUUUGCUGUAGCGGAGAGACGAGCUCGCCAUGUUGGCGCGUUAGCAGCUCGAGGCAUGCACCGUCUCCAGUGUCUUGGAAGGACAGAAGCUUACGACAGCAAUGCAUACACCAUAAGCGCCAUCUACUACGGUCAAUUUCUCAACCUGUAUACCCACCAUCUCACGCAGCCUGAAGGACCUGGCUCUCCUCCACAUACACACAUGAUUGCGCUUAAGAGUGUACCUCUAUUCGAUUCUCCCGAGUCGUUGUACGAGGGAUUGACUGCAAUCAGGAAUGCGAGCGAGAAGGCCAACGAGUACAGGGAGCAGUUCAUCGAGAGCGCAAACCUCAGACUAGAAAGCGACACUCCGCAGGAUUAA